AUGUCACGUUCACGUCUUCCCCCAACUCCUUCAAUGUCUGGAGAAUUCAUCAUCAAGGAACAAACCUCCGUCGACGGUGCAGACUCCUUUGCAUUGCCUCCAGCUGCCCUAAGUCCAGUCAAAAGCGAGAGCGCGAGCAGAAGACCUUCCAAAUCAGAUUCCUCAGCCUACUUUCCUGCUUCUCCCACCUCGCCCGAACUCACAGGCCUGGGCCGCAGUGCAAAUCCUCCCCGCCAGGCUGGUACCAAGAGGUUACUCGAGGACUUUGAUCUUCCUCCUCCGCCAACCCGGACCCGCAAGAUCAUCCAGAUGAAGCCCAAGACACAGAGUCCGGCCAAGCCUGCCACAACAAAUAGCAAGCCUUCGACCAAAGAUAAUGGGAAGAACCAGCCUGCCAACAAUGCGAAUGCCGCAGCAUCUGCCAACUCGAAGAAAAAGCAGCCUAGUGCAACCAGCGCCGCGGGUCGGAAAAUUGCCAGGAAAACGGCGCACAGUCUGAUUGAGCGUCGGCGGAGAUCCAAGAUGAACGAGGAGUUUGCGACUCUCAAGGACAUGAUUCCCGCUUGCCGAGGUCAAGACAUGCACAAACUUGCCAUUUUGCAGGCAAGCAUUGAAUAUGUCAAUUACCUGGAAAAGUGUAUCCAAGAUCUCAAGACUGCUGGUAGUCAACGGACGACGGCAUCGCCGUUCAUACCGCCUGCUCCUCCCUCUCCCACGUCACCCGAGAUGCUCGGGGAAGUUCCCAGUGGGUCACACUCGACAUCCGUGUCUCCAGAGCUGCUGCCUAACGGCGCCUACACCAACAACACUUCACCAGCUUUCUCCCCGGCUUUCUCCCCUCGUAGCCGGAUUCCGUCAAUAGGGACAGCCAUCGAAUUCUUGCCUGCGAUCCUUCCCAGCCCGGCGUUAGGUCCAGUCCGCUAUGGCGAGGGGACCAUGCACCCUCCACGUGGCUCAUGGACCGUCCCGUCAUCAACGCUCCCCUCACCCGUCAUUCAGCCGCAACCCAGCAAUGCUUCGUCCGGAACCGACGCGGACAUUGAUCAUGAGGCCUCCGCCGCCCUGCUCAUGCUGAACAGGGAUCGCCGCGGAACCGUUGGCUCAGUGCAGGAGGGUCUCUCUAGUUCUGACUCUCGGGAGAACAGCGGAAUUUUGAUACAGGAGUCACAAAAGAAGAUGGGAAUGAGUGUCAAGGACUUGCUGAUUGCAUAG